UUUUGCGCUUGCGCACCCUGCACUGUGCCGUCACCAUGGAGGCCACGGCUGAGCAGAAACCGGAAGCGAAAGCAGGAUUGAAGGACUGGGCACCGGAAAUCGGGGAUGCCUCAGGGCUGUGGGUUCCGGAAGUGAAUUUGACUCAGGACGGCAUGUCAGCUGAUCAGGAGCCGGAGAUGUUUGAGUCCGGGGAUCCGGAGGGAGAAAGUGACGGGGAUAAUGAGAGCCGCGCCCCGGUCCGGAUUGUUGAGAUGUCAAAUGAAAAUUGUUUAUUGAAGAAACUUGAAAUCAACGUUUCUGAAGCUGAAAAAAGGACUGGAAAGAAUGCAGUGAGCAUGCAGGAGACCUACACAGCGUAUCUGAUCGAGACCAGGUCACUGGAUGGCCAAUCAGAGCUGCAGAAUUCCCCCCUUGACUCACUAUGGAGGCGGUACAGCGAGUUUGAGUUGCUCCGGAACUACCUGUGUGUCAGUUAUCCUUUUGUGAUCGUGCCACCGUUACCAGAGAAACGGGCUGAAUUUGUGUGGCAUAAGCUGUCUGCUGAUAACAUGGACCCUGAUUUCGUGGAGCGGCGGAGGAUCGGCUUGGAGAAUUUCCUUCUGCGGGUUGCUUCCCAUCCCGUCCUGAGUCACGAUGACAUAUUCCAUUCCUUUUUAAAUCAGGAAUCUGGAUGGAAGGAGUUGCUUAAUGAGGCUGGGCUACAGCUUAAGGCUGACUCCAGGCUCAAGGCACUGAAUGCCACAUUUCGAGUUAAAAACCCAGACAAGAGAUUUACAGAACUCAAACAUUACAGUGACGAACUGCAGUCAGUCAUCUCUCACCUCCUGCGGGUCAGAGCAAGGGUGGCCGACCGGCUGUACGGAGUGUACAAAGUCCAUGGGAACUAUGGCCGAGUGUUCAGUGAGUGGAGUGCAAUCGAGAGGGAGAUGGGAGACGGACUGCAGAGCGCUGGGCACCAUAUGGACGUAUAUGCAGCAUCUAUUGAUGAUAUCCUAGAAGAGGAGGAGCAUUACGCCGAUCAGCUGAAAGAAUAUUUAUUCUACGCCGAGGCUCUGAGGUCUGUGUGCAAGAAGCACGAACUCAUGCAAUACGAUCUGGAAAUGUCUGCACUGGAUCUCCAGUCAAAAAAACAGCAGUGCGAGGAGCUGGCGACAGGGACUGUGAGAACCUUCUCUCUAAAGGGAAUGACCAGCAAGCUGUUUGGGCAAGAGACCCCUGAGCAGAGAGAAAGCAAGAUAAAGCUAUUAGAAGAGCAAAUAGAAGAAGGGGAGGAACAGCUAAAGGCCCAGAAUGAGGAGAGCAGAGAGUUUGUGAAGAAUGCCUGGCAGGAGGUGGAGCUAUUUAAGGAGCAAAAGAACCGAGACUUAAAAGAGGCCCUAAUCAGUUACGCGGUCAUGCAGAUCAGCAUGUGCAAGAAGGGCAUCCAAGUGUGGACAAAUGCCAAGGAGUGUUUCAGUAAGAUGUGAUAUCGGUUCAGGUGCCCAACAAGAUGUGCUGGGAGGGUAAAACAGGAGAAUGUGGGCUUAACUAAACCUAUUUGCACACAGUGGAAUCAUGGCAUGUAUCUGCAAUGUUUAUGUGAGGGGACUUUGUACAAAAGUGCCUCCCGGUGCCUAAGGAGAAUGACAGACUUAAUUGUUCCUCUCUGUCUCAUUUCUAAAGCCAAUGGUGUAUGACAUGACUCUUCCAAAUACCAGUAAACUGGAUGGUUUGGCUCCCAGUGGUAACACCUGGUUUAGUGGCUGCAUAAUAAAAUGUCCACCUAAAGGAGGACCUGAUCCAUGUUAUAUGCCCAGCCCCCAAACUUCUCUCUAAAACAUGUGCAUAAAUAGGGUCCAUGUAAAUGUUCCACUGACAGGAUCUCUUAAAGUCUGCCAUCUUGCUCUUUAACAUAAGAAGGAUAGGAUCGGACUGACUUGAAAAGGAAUGUGCCAAGUUUGGCGUGCAGAGCCUUGCACAGAGCAUUGUUUAUAUCAAAGUGCACUUCACCCAGGUACAGUAAAUAUGUUCUGCACUUCCUCUGGCAUUGACUGCAGUCCUGCAUUGUACUCCAUUGCCCUCAGUGGCUCUACAGUCCUGCAUUACAUGCAACCCCCUCCCCCAGUGGCUGUGCAGUCCUGUAUUAUACAGAAUCCCCCCCCCCCAGUGGCUCUGCAGUCUUGUAUUAUAUGCACUUCUUCCAUCUGAACCACAUCUCAACUAGAGAAUUGCUUCUCUGAGACAUUAACGCAUGCUAUUAUUAACCAUAGACUUGUUUCUUACCCUGUUUGCAUCCCCACAGAGAAUAGAAGAGAGAGGUAUUACCUGAGCUUUAACUAAAUUCAUAUCACAGCAAGGAUUCCUCUCUUUCUUGAGUCCACCUGGCUGGAAUGGGAAUUACAAACAUACAAACUAUAACCUGGCACUGGAAUGAUUGACCCUGUAUUCUUGCAUCACAUGACCAGAGGACCCUCUGAUAGGCUUUUCAGCCAGAGGCCUAUACCUGCCUAACAGGAUCUGGAGGUGGGGACAGCUACUAUUUAUCAAAUUAUGUCUUUAAUCCAAUCAUUUUUGUAAUUUCACUUUUAAUGACCUGUUAUCUCAUCUUUUGCAAUGUUCAUUAAUUUGAUACAAGUAAACAAUGAGAUGUGUAUUUGUAUUUCUUGUGCCAAAUGAGUUGAAUAAACACUAAAGCUUCA